UGCUCCAUGGUUGGAGUUAGUCUAAGAAGGAAAGGUUUGAAGCUGAUCUCCAUUGCCCAAGCCUUUGGUAGAAAGAUGUUUGGGCCGAGUGGACUGCCCACCAGAACUAAUCCAAGUCCAACGGCAGAUGCCCAAUUCCCCCUCUGAGUCCAGAAACCCACUGAACACCCUGUCGAUGAAGUGAAAUGCAAAUUCAGCCAUCGACACAAUCUCCGAUUCUCCGGCUACCUUAAGAUUCCUGGCAGCGAUUUCGGCAGGUACCAUCCAAUUGGGUUUUACUCUAUUCAAACUCAAUACCGGUCCAUGGAAUGAAUCAGUUCGCCCCGUUGAGCAUCGCCCGGAAUUACUCGUUCGCUUCGUCAACUGUUGCUGUUCUAAGAAGGCAGAGUUUCUUGAUUAGAGCACUGGGAAGAGGUAUUCAUCAUAAAGUUGAUAGUACUAUUGGCAGUAUAAUGCAAGAGACUGAGGCUGAUGCUGUGAGCAUUAUCAGAGCAAUCACUCCUACUCUGGAUCCAACUCGACAUAAAGGCCAAGCGGGGAGAAUAGCUGUGAUUGGAGGGUGCCGGGAGUACACUGGAGCUCCUUAUUUUGCUGCUAUUUCGGCCUUGAAAAUUGGUGCAGACUUGUCUCAUGUGUUCUGUACCAAAGAUGCUGCUCCUAUUAUCAAGAGCUAUAGUCCCGAGUUGAUCGUUCAUCCAGUUUUGGAGGAGUCUUAUAGUGUAAGGGAGGAAGAGAGAAAGCAGGUAUCAGUGAAAGUUGUAGCUGAGGUCGAUAAAUGGAUGGAGAGAUUCGAUUGCCUUGUUGUUGGGCCUGGUCUUGGAAGGGACCCAUUUCUUCUGGAUUGUGUCAGUGAGAUCAUGAAGCAUGCAAGGCAUUCGAAUGUUCCAAUUGUCGUAGAUGGGGAUGCACUCUUUCUUGUAACAAACAAUCUUGAUCUGGUUCAUGGUUAUCCAUUGGCUGUUCUGACCCCCAAUGUGAAUGAAUACAAACGACUGGUUCAGAAGGUUCUCAAAUGCGAGGUCGAUGAUGCUGAUGCACACGGACAAUUAUCGUCUCUUGCUAAACAGAUUGGUGGUGUAACCAUCUUAAGGAAAGGAAGAUCUGACCUCAUCAGUGAUGGUGAUUUAGUGAACUCGGUGAGUAUCUAUGGGUCCCCUCGGAGGUGUGGAGGGCAGGGUGAUAUUCUCUCCGGAAGUGUUGCAGUAUUUCUAUCUUGGGCACACCGAGAUUCCGUAGCUGCUGACAGGAAUCCAACUAUUCUAGGAUGCAUUGCCGGAUCAGCUUUGCUCCGGAAGGCUGUAUCUCUUGCUUUUGAGACAAGAAAAAGAGCGACUCUAACUACCGAUAUCAUCGAGUGUCUUGGAAGAAGUUUGGAGGAUAUCUCCCCAGCCCGUUGAGCUUCAUCUUCAGUCUUCUACCUAAACCUUAUUUGUUGUAGAAAGUUGUUCUUGGUUUUCACACCUGUCUGAGUUCUUCUUUGUUUAGUUGCCUUGUAUAUCAACGUAAUAAAAAGGAUUAGGUCCAUUUUGAUGCAACUUGUGCUUGAAGAAUCUUGCCACUUUGAUGCUCUGUCAUGUAGUCUGAAACAACUUUUGGGUUGCUUUGUUGUAGCCCCCUGUAAUGUGGAAUGUGUGGAUUACAUGGAAGAAUGCUUUUAAUAUCCCAAAUCUAGGUCUCGUUUGCUUGUUAGAUUUGAAAAUGAAGGUUUUGAGUUUUA